AUGGAGAUGCUGGUGACAGGGGUGGCCUUUGUGAGGUGCUUCACCUCCAUUUUGAAGGUGGUGAGAUGGUUCCAGGCCCCCGGGACAGCACUGCUCCUCAGGCUGCGGGUCUGGGUGGUGCUGGGGGCUCUUCUCCUCCCUGAGGUGGGCGGCCAUCACCCACCGCCCGGUUACGCCGUCCAUGAGAUCAUCCGGCCGAGGAAACUGGUCCUGGCAGCAGGCAGGUCAGCACAGGGAGAGGUGUCCUACGUCAUCAGGGUAGAGGGCGAAAACCGCAUCGUCCACCUCACGCAGAUGCGAGGACUGGUGGUGAACAACCUCCCGCUCAUCACCUACAGCCCCCACGGGACGAGGGUGGUGGAGCAGCCCCACGUCCCUGAGGGCUGCCACCACCUGGGCUACGUGGAGGGCAGCCCCGGCUCCACGGCAGCGCUGAGCACCUGCGCGGGGCUGAGGGGACAGCUGAGGAUCGGGAACCUGAGCUACGGCAUCGAGCCUGUGCUGGGCUCUCUGACCUUCCAGCACCUCCUCUAUCGACGAGAGAGCUGGGACAAGUCCUCGGCAUGUGGCUUGACGGACAUAGCCAUGCGAAAGCAACCAAGCUGGCUGGGGGCAAAAAAACCCUUAGGGAAGCAAAGCUUGGAUCAGAGGCUGCAGCACACCAGGUACGUGGAGAUCUUUGUCGUGGUGGACCACCAGCUGUUCACCUUCCAAGGGAGCAAUGAAACCUCUGUGAUGUUUCUGGUUAUAGAUACGAUCAAUUUAUCAGAAAUACAUUAUUAUCCUCUGAAGAUUCGCAUCUGCCUAAUUGGGCUGGAGAUCUGGACGCGUGGCAACUUCAUCAGGUACAGCCCAGAUAUAGAAGAAGUUCUUACCAAUUUUAAUGAUUGGGGAAAUAGGUAUCUUUCCCAUAGGAUCAAAUACGACGUUGCACAUCUUUUCACUUACACAGACUUUGGACUCACCGUUGGGCUGGCGUAUGUAGGCAGCAUCUGCUACCCCGGCUACCAGUCAGGUCUUGUAUCUCACAUACAAGAAGAUUUUGUGAUCUUUGCAACCAUUUUUACACACGAGCUGGGUCACAACCUGGGGAUGGAGCAUGAUAGAAAGGAGUGCAGGUGUAGAAAUGCCAAGUGCUACAUGACAGGAGGUUCAAUCGAUGGUGCCACGGCUUUCAGCAACUGCAGCAUUCAAAGCUAUUUAGACCUGCUCAACAGAGGGGAUGGCAACUGCUUAAACAACAUCCCUGAGCCCAACAGAUUGUUCUACUUUAAGACCUGUGGCAACAAGGUGAUAGAUGAGGGAGAGCAGUGUGACUGCGGGGGCCUGCAGCACUGCCAAGGCAAUCCUUGCUGCUUCCAGAAUUGCAGGUUGAAGCCGGGGGCUGUCUGCUCUGUUGGGCAGUGCUGUCAAAAGUGCCACUUUCACCCUCCAGGGCACAAGUGCAGGCCAGAGGUAGAUGAGUGUGACUUGCCUGAGUAUUGCAAUGGGACUUCCGAGUGGUGUCCAGAGGAUUUGCACAUGCAAGACGGGACGCCCUGCGGUGACAAUGGUUACUGCUACCGUGGGAAAUGUGCGUCCCAUGACAAACUAUGCAGAAAAGUCUUUGGGGAUGAAGCUCGGAGUGCUCCAGAAAGUUGCUUCAAAGAGCAGAACAUGAAAGGGGAUCGAUUUGGCAACUGUGGCGGCGAUGGGAAUGAAGUUGCUUUUGUGGAAUGUAAGCCCCAAAAUGCUCUGUGUGGAAGGCUGCAGUGCGUGAAUGUAAAGAAGACAGCCUUUCUGGAGAAGUCUGAAACCAUCAUUCAGACUCCAGGGCCUGAGGAUUGGUGCUGGGGCACAGCCCACCAUGCUAGCAUAGAUACACCUGAUAUCGGAGGAGGAAUUGACGGCACCAAAUGUGGUCCAAAGAAGAUCUGCAUUAACAAAACGUGCACAGAUGUCAUCGUCAGAACCAAGUGUGAUGCAAAGGUUUUGUGCAAGGGGAAUGGGGUUUGUAACAACCUUGAACACUGCCACUGCAAAGCUGGCUGGGCCCCACCAGACUGCCAGUUCCAUGGCCUCGGGGGCAGCGUGGACAGUGGCCCUCCACCAGCUCUCAUGAUCUCCAUUGCAGAGGCUGUCCAAAAUAAAGCUUUUGGGACUGCAAUAGGAAUCACUGUUCUCGUUGCCCUCGUUCUAGUUGCUCUCCUCAUUGCUGCAAUCAAAUACAUCAAUGCAAUAAUUACACUUUUCUGUACAAAUUCAUCCAUAGAGACACCUGAAACUCUUGAAAAUGAGGAGCAGAAUAUGGAAGAAGACGAAGAAGAAGAAGUUUAAAAAACCUGAAAGCACUGGGAAACUCAUCAGCUGAGCUUUGGGAAGGA